AUGGUUGCUCCUUUAAUUAUCUCUCUUCUUCAUCAAGAUUCAAGGUUAAGGAUUAUCCAUAGAGAUCUAAAGGCCAGUAAUGUUCUACUGGAUGCUUCUAUGAACCCCAAAAUUUCAGAUUUUGGUAUGGCUAGAAUAUUUAGAGGAGACCAAAGUGAAGCGGAUACAAAUCGUGUGGUUGGAACAUAUGGUUAUAUGUCACCAGAAUACGCAAUGAAAGGACAUUUUUCAGUGAAAUCUGAUGUAUAUGCUUUCGGAAUUAUACUCCUAGAAAUUGUUACUGGCAGAAAAAAUUCUGGUUAUUGCCAUGACAAGUAUCCUGACGCAAUUAAUUUGGCUGGACAUGUUUGGAACUUGUGGAGAGAAGGUAAAGUCUUGGAAAUCGUCGAUCCAUCCCUGGGUGAAUUGUACCCUGUCAAUGAAGUUGUGAGAUCCAUCAAAAUUGCACUCUCAUGUGUGCAAGACUACGCCACUGACCGGCCAACCAUGUCAGCAGUUGUUUUCAUGUUAGGGAAUUAUGAUGCAGCAGUUCCUUCACCAAGACAGCCUGCAUUUUUGUUACAGAGAACUUAUGAUGCUGGAAACCCAUCAACCAGUACAGAAGGAGCUAAGUCUAUGAAUGAUGUUACAUGUACUAGUGUAGAAGCUCGCUAAAAGGCCUGGGCAACUAUAGCAGCCUGCGUCAAAAUUAUUCACUUGAGGCUCUUUGGUUGCUGCAUUCACGCACAAGAGAAUAUGUUUGCUUGGCGAACAAAAGCUUGGACUUUUUCAUAUUUGGCAUACCUUUCAACUCACAAGCUUUGGACUUUUUCAUAUUUGACAGAAUUUAUACUCGUAAAACACAUUGUGAAAAAUUAAUCUCUGAAAUUUGAGAUCAAACAUGAGCCAGGAACAGCCACCGAAACAACGACCUGACCAGCCCCCCCGGUCAGGAACCCCUCAAGUACGGCGACGUUUUCAAUGUUUAAAGGGAGUUGGCAUCCUAGCCCCACUAUGAGCACCACUCAUGGUGGAGUGGCUGAAUCGAUGGCUGCAGCCGCGAGGCUUAACCAGAACACUGGAGAAUAAACUUACAAGUCUAGAUAUAUACGUACGCAUGCAUGGUUAAUUUUGGGGUUGUAAGCUUGGAGCUUCUUAAGGUGUUGUUAUUUUUUGUUAGUGCUACAAGUUGCUACAAUAAUGUAGACUUAUAUUUUGCUUUUAAAGGAGUUGUCUUAGUCAAUCAUGCAACUCAAAUGUUUCGUUUAAAGUAUAAACAUGUUUCCAUAUGUAGUUUGGGUUCGCAAAUGUUCUCGCUAUAACCCCGCAUCAAUUGUAAAAUUAUUAUUAGACAGUCGGAUUGAAAUACUCAAUACACCUCUUUAACAAA